AUGCUUUUGGAAGAGGUUACAGAAGGGCAGUUGGCAGAAGAAGACUUGGGUGUUGACUUGGCUUCUGAUUCUACAGAUUUUUGUUCGGAUGAUGAGUCAAUUUUAGAUGAAUCACUAUUAGAACGUCUUGAGGCGUUGAAGGAUAUAAUCCCUGCUGUUUUCCGGGCACGGGUUUCUCAGAAAAUAUCGUCUGUAUUUUCUGCUAUUCGUUCUGUUUUAUUUUUUGGAGGAAAGACACUUUGGAUUGUAAUGACAAGUGUUUUAUUACUUGGGACUCCUUUGGUCCUUGCUAUUGAAGAGGAAGAAAGAAUGAUAGCAUAUGAUAAAGAGUUUAAAAUGCAACAGAAAGCUCAUGAGGUUCUUGCACCUGGCACAACUAGUGCAGCUUUUGCAGUACCAGCAUCUCAUCGACCUGGAGCUUCUUCAAAUUAA